AUGGCAAUCACGCAGUUAAUCGAGCCGCAGUCCCUGCAGACUAAUAGGGUGGCGCUAAACGACGUAAAAAAGAGCCUCCUAGUGGCGCUCGGGAAGCUCAACGAUCGCGACACGCAGCAGAACGCCGUGGGGGAUCUCCAGAAUAUUGUCGAAUGCCUGCCGCCGGAAGGCAUCCCCGUCUUCCUCUCCUGCCUCUACGAGACUGACAGCACCCAUCGUACCUUCGUCCGGAAAGAAUGCCUCAGGCAAUUUGCUAUCCUUGCGAUGACCUUCGGUCCGCUCCUGUCGCCGCACCUCCCCAAGAUCGUCGCAGCCGUCGUCCGUCGCCUGCGCGAUUCCGAAUCCACCUUAAUCGAAUCUUGCGCAGAAGCCAUGGCCACACUCGUUCAACACGUACCCCCACCUCCCCACGAUACCGUCCCCGGGGCUAUUCCCGUCGGCGGCUUCGGAGCCAUGGGUGUUUACGUUCGGCCGUUGCUCGACACGCUCGGCGAGCAGAGCCGAAACUCUCAGGCAGGUGCGGCGAUCUGUCUCGACCGCGUUUUCCGGGCUGCCCGGGAGAAAAUGGAGCCGAGUGCGGCGCGCGUGCUGACGCGUGCGAACGGGAUGCUUUCGCGGCAGGGGUUUCAGGCGAAGGCGCAGCUGCUGGGCGCCGUUGCAAGCCUUGCCGAGGUGUGCGGGGAGUCCAUGGGCGCGCAGGUGCCCGUGCUGGUGUCCGCCGCGACCGCCGCCGUGGCGUCCGCGGACUGGGCCACGCGCAAGGCGGCGGUGGACCUGCUGGGGCAGCUCGCCAUCAACCUGCCGGCGGAGUUUCUGGGGGAGAGCCGCGCGGCCGUCAUGAAGGCGCUUGACCAGUGCAAAGGCGAUAAGGUGAAGAAUGUGCGUGAUUCACUGGCGCAGGCGAAGCAGGCAUGGGCAUGCGUGGAAUGGGAGGACCCGCCGGCAGCAGGGCAGCACCAAGUGCUGUCCGUGCCGUCCCUCUCGUCGGAAUCAGCAGCGACGGCAGUUCAAACUCCGUCGCUGUCCUCUGCUGCUGCUGUUGGCAGCGCAUCAGGAAGGCGCGCCAGUUUCUCACCUGGUGGAGCAGAAAACGACAAAAGCAUUGGCAGCCGCUCACUCAAGCUUCAAGGCCGCUCGUCCUCGCUUGUAGCAGAUCCGUUUCAAGGCACUCGAGAGGCAGCAGAGGCAGAAGAAGCAGCAGCUGCAGCAUCAGCAGCAGCAUCAGCAACAGCAGCAGCAGUAUCAGUAGCUGCUGCCAGUGCGAACCCUGCCGUGAAGCGGGGUGGAGUGGGCGGCAUAUUGGCUCGCACGUUCAGUGGCCUGGGUCGAGCCCGAGCUAAGGAAGCAGCAGCAAGUGCUGCUGCUGCUGCAGGAGAAGUGGCAGGCGCAGGAGGAGCAGAAGGGGAGGGAGGAGAAGAGGGCGGAAGGAAAGUGGGGGUCAGCAAAGGGGGGAUUGGGUCCCAUGCGUGGGCUCCAGAACUAUCUCAGGCAAAACCUGGGGAAACUCACAAAGGAGAAGCUACUAACGCGGAUAACGGAGCUGGAGAGAAGGUUGCUCGGCCUAAGUUUGAGCGGCAGCCGUUGCGAGGGAACCCUUUGUUUUUCAAGAAGGCGGGCGCAGGGGGGAAGGCUGGGGGAGGUGACGACUGGUCCGUGGAAGUGAUGGUUCCUAAAUCGAAGGCCGGGGCAGUGGGGGAGAAGGGUGACAGUAACGGGGGGCCAGGUGAGGGCAGUGGAGGGAAGAAGGGUGAUGGGAGGGGAGAGGGAAGGCAGGGGGCAGGGGCAGGGACAGGAGCAGGUGCGAAAGAGAGUCGAGCGCAAGCGGAUGGGGCGAAGGCGCGGAGGCAUUCAGCUUCGGGGAUUGCUGCUAUCAAAGCUGCGGCCGCAGCUGGUGGGAGAGGCAAGGAGGGCGCAGGGGGAGGGAAAGGAGCAGGAGCAGGGAGCGAUUGGAAUGUGGAGAUUCUAGUGCCCAAGUCUCGUGGCGGAUGGGGCAAGGGCGGUGGCGAGGCAGAGGAGAAGCGGGAGGUGGAUGGAGAAGGGGUGAAGGAGAUGAACGGAAGGGACGGUUUGGGCAAGGCUGAGUUGCAGCAGGAGGAGGUGGCGCAGAGUGCGAUCCAGCAGCAGCAACAGGAGCAGGAGCAGCAGCUCCACCAUCAGCAGCAGCAAUACCAGCAUCAGCAGCACCAACAGCAGCAGCAGCAACAUCAGCAGUAUCAGCAGCACCAGCAGCAGCACCAGCAGCAGCAGCAGCAGCAGCAGCAGCAUCAGCAGCAGCAGUAUCAUCAUCAGCAGAUGCAGCAGCGAGUGGAGGAGAGGAACGAGGACGAGAAGCAGGAACUUCUGCACCACAUGCUUCGAGGGGUAGAGGGAGAGAAGGACACAGGAGGGAGUACUGAACCCAGUGGUGCUUAUUACAGGGGGCAGGAGGAGGGAGUGGGGGGUGUUAUCAAUGCUGCGGGAGGGCCUGCAGCGAGGUAUGCUACUGGGUUGGAGAGUGAGGAGGAAAGGGAGGAGGAGGAAGAGCGGGAGGUGGGGAGAGAGCGUGAGGAGGAAAUUGCACCAAAAGUGGAGAAGCGUGGCGAGGAGUCUCAAGGCGCAGAGAAUGGCGCUUAUGGUUCUAGCGAGUCUGACAAUGACGAGGAUGGGAACCAGCGGGAAGGUAGGGCAGGCGAAUGGGAGGAGAGGAAGGGUUGGAAAGCAACAGGGGGCGGUGAUGCCUUGGGAAGGCAGAAGUGGAGCAGGGGCAGGAACAUGGUGCAGGGGCAUGGGGCGGGGGAGUCAGAGGAGGAGAAGAAUAGAAAGGGGGAGGAAGAGGCGGGUAGAAGGGGCAGGGGCGUGGGGGAGACGGGGAGGGGAGAAGGGGGAGCGGCGCUGCGCCAGUCGUACGACAGGGGGGGCACGGGGAAGGCUGGGAGGGGAGGUAAGGGUGGGGGAAGAAGGGAGGGAGUGAGAGAGGCGGAAGAGAGGGGGAAGGGAGUGGGUGGGGGUGUGAGAAGGGAGAGGGGAACGUGGGGAGAAGGAGGGGGUGGUAUGAGGAGGAGUAAUUCCUGGAGCAGUAGUCUGUCUGUUGAUGCUGAUACCACCGGUGGAGGGAAAAGGGCGGGAGUGAGGGGUGCCGGGAAAGCUAGGGACGUGCAGGGCAAAGGAGGAGGCUUUUGGGACGGGGAGGAAGAGGAUGUGGGGAGGGUAGAGAGAGGGCGAAUGAGGAGAAAGGAGGGGCGGGAGGAUGGGAGCGGGAGGAGGAGGUAUGGGUCGCUUAGUAGUCAUCUGUCUUCGAGCGAGGAAGAGGAAUAUGUAGAGUCUUUUCCUCGUGCUCGUAUGCGGCGUGGGUGGGCUAAUAACGAGGAUGCUACAGAUUCGAGUCCAAAAGGAGGACGUAGAGACGGAAGGUGCGACGUUGGGAAGGGUGUGAAGCAGCAGCAGAGGCAGGGCGACACGUGGCAGAAGCAGGAGGUGACACGUCAGGAGGAGAAGCUCGGGCGGAGGAGGCCGCAGCAGAGUCAGUACCAGGGGCAGCAGCACCAGUCGAGGCAGAGCGGGUUGAAGAAGGCGGAUGGAGAGCAAAUGCAGAUUAGACGCUCCUAUGACUUGAGUCAGGCGUACCAGGGCAAGCAACAGAAGCAGCAGCAGCAGCCACAGCCAUGGGAGCGGAAGGGGAAGGGCCGGAGGGCGGAGUGGGGAGGGCAGGCGGCGCAGGUGGUGCUUAUGAGUGACUCUGGCAGUGGCGUGGGGCCGUGGACUAGAGGCAGGGAGAGGGAGGGAGCGAGGGAGGGAGUGAGGGGUGAGAGGAAGGGAGGCGGUAGGGAGUGGGAGAGGGGUGAUGAGGAGGAAGAUGAGGAUGAGCAUGAGGAUGAGGGGGGGAUGGAGGGGGAGGAGAAUAGGCUCGGGGGAGGGCGGAGGGGAAGGAGGAGCAAUAGAGGCUCUUCCGCUGCUGCGGGUGCGGAUGCUGCUGCUGCUGCUGCGGCGGCGGCGGUGGCAGCGGCGGUGGAGGCAGAGGUGCAGAGACUGAGGCAGCGAGUGGCUGAUAUGGAGAGGCAGCAGGACAGCUACCAGGGCAUGGUGGAGGGUUUCAUGAGCGCUACCAGGCGAACCAUGGAUAUGGUCGCCUCUCUCCCUUGGACCUCCAAUGCUGCUGCCUCCCCCUCAACCCACGCUGUCCCCACCUCUCCUCACCCCAUUUCCACCACCAUCCUCCCUACCAUGCCCUCCCCUUACCUCCCCGCUCGCAUUCGCACCACUGCUGGUGGCGACAGCAGCAGGGGGCUCACCCCUGGACGAAGGUUGUCGUUGCAGGGAGGAGGAGGGAUUGGUGGGAUAGGAAGCAACGCUGGGGGGAUAGGCAGUGGGUCUUUGGCUGGUGGCUUCGUGCAGGCACAGCCAUUCUUGAAUGGGUUUGGUGGUAUUGGAGCAGGGAAUGAAGCAGCUUAUACGGAGGAUGAUUAUGCUGCGGCUGCUGCAGCUGUGGCCGAAGCAGCAGCGGCGGCAGCAGCAGCUGAGGCGGCACGUGUGGCUUCAUUCCAAAGUCAGCAGCACCAACAGCAGCAGCAACAACAGCAGCAGCAGCAACAGCAGCAGCAGCUGCUAACUCUAAGAAGAACCUCUUCCUUGAGCCGCGGACAGAACACCGCUCCUCCCACUGGCCCUCCCCGCACUCCUCCCCACUCCUCUACUGUCUCGUCCCCCCGCCUGCCUCUCAACACAAGCAUGAAUACAGAACAGCAGCAGCAGCAGCAGCAGCAGCAGCAGCAGCCGGAGCAGCAGCAGUUGUUGCUGCAGUGGCGAGGCAACUCUAGUCAGCAACAGGAUCAGGGCGAGCAGAUGAACCUUCACCAGGCUCAGGCCGAGCAGCAGCAGCAACUCAGAGCAGAGACGUUGCCAACAGCAGAGGGAGGAGGAGGAGGAGGGGGAGGAGGAGGGAGAGGAGGCGGGGGAGGAGGAGAAUCCGAAGGUGCAGAAGCAGCAGCAGAUAAGCCUCUAGGGCCGCUGAAGCGCCAGGUGGCACCAGCCAAUUGGUCGUGGGCCGUGGCUUUAGAUGAGCUCAAGGCCGGGGGGUUCGAGGGUGCUUAUAAGGAGGUGCUGAAGGCUGCAGAUGCGGGUGCCAUGGUGCGGCUGAUGGGGCGAACGGGGCCUGUGCUGGGGCAUCUAUCGCCUGAUACUGGGGCGGAGGUUAUACGGCGCAUGGUGGAGCUGCUUAUAAGGGGGACAGCCGUGGAGUACCUGCUGCCAUGGGUUCGACAGCUCCUCGACAUAGUGACCGACGAGUCCUCUCUCCCAUAUGGAGCAGAGGGUCCGGCAGUGGACGGGCAUCUGAAGCAGCACGUGCUGGCAGCGCUGCAGCAGGUGGUGAGCGCCGAUGGGGGCAGCUGGGUGGGGCGAUCAGCAGGCGAUUACCGGCGACAGCUGGCUGAUGCGUGGGGCAUGUGA